AUGGACAAUCGCAUAGCGCUGUCCCCUUUUCUUUUUCUAAUAAUAUGCUUCUUCAGUCUAGCCAUCACUGCGCAAAGCAAUGACACUACCACCGCGUCAACUGCCCCGAACCAAGAAGCGAGAGUAGGAUGGGUUGCCGGCCCGAACCAGCGCGGCACGCUCACGCUCGUGUACGGAUGUCUGAGCACCAUCUUCGCGAGCACCUGGACGGUGUUGCACCUGAACGUCCCGGGUCCGCACGACGAGUGGUGGCGGAAGGCCCUGCGGAAGGCCAAGUGGAUGGCUGUCACCGUCCUCUUCCCCGAGUUUGUCUUCUCAAAAGCCGUCUGCGAGCUACGAAUGGCAGUUGCCAACCUCCGCGACAUGCAUGAGGCCAUGAAGAAAGCCAGGGCCGAGCUCCGCUGGGAGGACUCGGUCCAGCGUGAAUAUCCCAGGAGAUCUGCGAGAACGAGAACAAGGAAGGUUCCGAGAAACCGGCGCCCACAGUCGUCGGGCGGGGCGAGCCAGGACUCUCAUGACAAAGGUGAAGUCCGGCGAAGGUGGACGUUGGUUCACUGCCUGUACGCCAACAUGGGCGGCUUGGUCCCGUACCCUACACAAGGCAUCGGCAGCGGCAGCGGGGGCCCGGGAGCCCAGCCUGUCACGACACCGAUGCUUGCGGAGACCAUCAGACGUGGCGGAUGCGAUUCUCUCAAGCAUUUCGUUCUCGACCGAGCCGACAUUGAAGACAAGAGCAAGGCGGACUGGCUGUUGAGAACCAUUGCCGUCAUGCAGAUCGUCUGGCUCGUCCUCAACGUAGCGGCGCGUGCCAUCGCCCGUGUGCCCGUCACCCAGCUCGAGAUUGCCACGGUAGCAUUCUCCAUCACGGCCAUCGCAACAUAUGCGGCCAACUGGUGGAAGCCCAAGGACAUUGGCCAGCCAACGGCCCUACCCCGAGUUCUCCAGGGUCACCGUAUCGAACAUUGGGCAAUACCCGAGGACUACAGAAACUUCCAGAGCUUCGUCAACCGUACUCUAAAGCCCUCGUAUACUCGUGAGCUGCAGAUCGACGGGUGGAUAGACCGCGUCCGGAACGACUUAACGUGGAUGAGGGGGGAUCCCCCCAUGCCGCGGAUGUUUUACGCCUUGAUGGCAGUGUCAUCCCUGGUAUUCGGUGGCUUCCACUGCCUUGCCUGGAACGUCCAGUUCCCUUCCGAGACCGAGCAGGUACUUUGGAGGGCCGCGAGCAUCAUGUCGGCUGCCCUGCCGGGCGUUUCGCUUGCCCUCACGUCCGUCAUCAACGUCCUCGCGACGACGGUUUCCGAGAAGAGAUUUCUGGCCGUCGUCCGCAAGACUCUGGUUCCGCUCCAUCGAUUGCCCGAGGAUUUUUGGCGUCUCCUAUGCGAGGAACCCAAAUGCCUGCAUAUCAUCUAUGCUGUUUCUCGCCUUGCCAUUCUCAUCCUCCUGUUCACAUCCCUGCGGUCUGUGCCGGAAGCUGUCUACGAAAACAGCCCGUGGACUCGGUUCCUGCCAAACAUCUCCUGA